AUAUCUAUCAACGCGAUUGUUUCAAGCGCUUCUACAGUAGCUCGGCAUUUCGAAGCGAGGGAAAAUCAAAAUGGCCCCAAAAGCUACAGUUGGAAAAGCUGCAAAGAAAGCAACCGGUCCGAAGAAAGCCGUUUCUUCAAGUGGAAGCAAAAAACAUAAGCGAAAAACUCGAAAGGAGAGCUACAACAUCUACAUUUACAAAGUAUUGAAGCAAGUUCACCCAGACACUGGUAUCUCAAGCCGAGCCAUGGGAAUCAUGAAUAGUUUCGUUAAUGACAUAUUUGAACGAAUUGCUGCUGAAGCUUCAAGACUGGCUCAAUACAACAAGAAAUCCACCAUAUCAAGCAGAGAGGUGCAGACGGCCGUGCGGCUACUUUUGCCUGGAGAACUUGCAAAACAUGCGGUCAGUGAAGGGACGAAGGCAGUCACGAAGUACACUAGUACCCAGUAACUAACUAACACGGGUCAGUGAAGGGACGGAAGCAGUCACGAAGUACACUAGUAGUACCCCAGUAACUGACUAACGAGUCCAAAAACUAAGAUAACUGUUAUGCUGCUAGUCUACAUGCUUACCGUACAGAACUCAGCAAUUGCUAGACUAAAAUAUAUACCGACUGCAAAUCUUUAUUAGCAAGAUAGUUUAUCGUUGUACAUCACUAACCGAUGUGUAAAUUAUAUUUUUUUUUGUUUAAAUAAAAUUUUGUUUUAUAAGAAUUGCAAUGACUAAA